CUUGCGCCUGGAAUAGCUUCCGAGUGAGUGAGUGAGCGAGGGAGGAAGGACAUCGCGUGAUCAUCGGGAGACAGCGUGUGUGAGCUGCCUGCCAAAUUUGUGUGUAUGCUGCGUUCCGUGCGUGAAUGAGAUACUCUCUCUCUCUCGUUCGCAUCCUACGAUCCUGAAGUUGGACUCUUGUCGGGUAUCGAGCUUUCGCUCUUCGGAGUUAUGAGACUCGGGCAGAAUUUUAACGAAUUUUGGAGAGAAAUGGAGGCCUGGACGGGUGGCCUGAAAGUCCGGUGGUGUCGACGCAGGAGCACCUCUGACAAACAGCACUUGGACUCUUUAACGUGAUGCUAAGAUUAAGUCAUGCGCAUACGCAGGAAGGGCAGAGAACCGCUAUUGACAGCGUGGUGACAGGACUAUGGAUAGACUUGAAUCGCAUUAAUUAGUGAGGGUCAAGCUCGGAAUGCAGGGCAUCAGUAAUGGCGUGGAGGAUACUGGUGGAGCAGGGAAAGUUUCAAGAGGUUCUGAAAGGGAGCUGAAAUCUCAUAAGAGGGAAACCAAGGAAACAAUGUGGGGGACCUUGAGCAGGGCCCGGCGGAGCAUGAUAUGCUUGCCUCAUCCCACUGCCGUGUGUUCUAAUGUUCGCACACGUAUCGCCGGGCCUAUUGUGCAGCCUGUAAGCUACAAGGAGCAGGUUGAGUUCCUUGAUUGGCUGAAAGAGCGCGGACAGCGAGAUGCUUAUCUGAGUACUACUGUGGGAAUCUCCACACAUGGCAGGGCAUUGUUCGCUACCCGUCCCAUUCAAGCUGGCGAGCGCGUUCUUCGUGUUUCCCGAGAUCUGUUGAUCACUCCAGAUAAGCUACCGAAGGAGGUCACAAAACUUUUGCCGCAAGAUGUUAGUGAGUGGGCUCGUCUUGCUCUCUUCUUACUUGCCGAGCAGCAUAAGGGCCAGGAAUCAACUUGGUCGCCUUACAUCAGUUGCCUACCUCCUUUAGGGGCUAUUCACAGUACGGUCUUUUGGAAAAAGGAAGAGCUGGAGCUUGUUCGACACAGUUCACUACACAGGGAGACUGUGCAAAGGAAAGCAAUUAUUGGAGCAGAAUUCGCAGCAGUUCAACCGGCUUUACAGCGAUGUACACAUAUAUUUGGAGAACGUAUCGCACAAACAGAUUUUAAGCAUGCCUAUGCUACCGUUUGUUCUCGCGCCUGGGGCAUUGAAGCACUCCAAACUCUUGCCCUGGUUCCAUUCGUAGACUUCUUCAACCAUGAAUCAUACUGUCAGGCAUUGUUGUCAUAUGACGAAGAACAAGGCUAUGCAGAGGUCAUUGCCGACCGCGAUUAUGCAGUCGGAUCUCAGGUUGUGUUAAGUUACGGACGUUUACCGAACAGUAUUCUAGCACUGGACUUCGGUUUCACCCUCCCUGAGAAUCCUCAUGACCAGGUGGAAGUAUGGAUGGGAGUAUCUCGCAGGGACGAACUACGAAAGCUGAAGUUACAAUUGUUGCAUGCCCACGACAUGCCAACAUUUCUCCAUGCUGAUGGAUCUGAUAGUGGUGGAUCUGGUUUCAACAUUAGGUUUGUAAAAUCUGCCAUAGGUCGUGGGAAGGGCAUACCACAUGCACUUCGGGCCUUCGCUCGAGUUCUUUGUGUGGACAAUGCACAAGAGUUGACAGAAAUGGCCGCCGAAGCCACCAAGCUUGACGGGCGGCUGGCUCGACGACCUUUGAAAGACAAGAACAGAGAAGCUCAGGCUAUGAGCCUCCUGCUAGCUCGUUUGGAGAGUAUGAUGCAGCAACGGCAUAGUGCACUUCUGACCUUGCGCUUGGUGGAAACAUGCAGAGGGUCGAAUUCAGGGUCGAAGAGUCCAGUUACAGUGCACGUACAAAUGGCAGGUGCCGUUGUCAGCGGAGAGAUGCGCGUUUUAAGGUCUGCCAUCGCUUGGUUGAGAAAUCAUUGUUCUCCUUCGACUGUCCUCACAUGAACAUCAAAGGUUUUCGACUUCGCAUGCGAUCCUUUUCCUUGAUGGGGGCAUGAUUCGCCUCGUGUGAGGAGAAUGACCGUGAAUGAUCCAUGCUCGUGGCGGCCUCACUCGCGGCGAAGAAGUUUUCAGCAGCGACGGCACUCACAAUCUCAUCCCUUGAACGUGAUAACAGAGCAAAACCACGAGUGCUUCCUGGCAACCAAUGACGCUGAUGAAGAGUCCUGGAGGCAAUUCCAUAGUUGCGGUCACCAGGCAGCAGCGUCUGCAGCGUGUGCAUGGACUUCCGUAAGCAGGGACUGGGAGUCCCUGCUUACGGAUAGUUCAUGCUCACGGAGUCCAUGCGCCCGCUGAGGCCGCAAGGAUUUACAGACUUCAUUUCUUCCCCGUCGACCUGGACGUCACAAAAGGACACUGAUCAGAAAUCUGCGAGCCCAACAUCCACACAGGUUGGAAGAUCCUGCCACAGGUGACUUGGCUGUUCCCUCCAGAGUGAGAGUAAAUUGGAGGCUUGGAGUCUGGAGUGAGUGGAGACACAACUUCCAGAUCGGGUUAAGGGCAAUCAUUCGACCGAUCGCCAUGAAUCUCAAGACUAGGGAUGUCAAAAGUAUAAUAGGGGGAUUUACGAGAAAGAUUCAAAAGGAGACAUAAAAAGACCGUGGGUCGCAGCGCCAUUGCCAAUUUGAGCGGAGUGACAAAAGAUAUAGAUGCUGCGUCGUUCUUGACCUCAUGCACAAUCUGAAAGGGGCCAGACGUGUACGGCAUGACCUCAAAAGUUGGAACUCGGCCGAAAGUCAUCAAUGACGAGCACUGAAGCUUCGCCGACGCUGCUAUUCUCGAGGAGAGAGACGCGGAACGAAUCUCCUUCUGUCCACUUCUCUCGAUUGCACGCCGAGCCUCCGUCCUGUCGCGGAGCGACCCAUUCCUUCAUCACCUCCAUUCUUGAACACAGCAGUCGAAUCCGAUAGCUCUCGAUCUCGAAUUGAGUCUGCCCCAUCUUCUACUCCAACUACAUCAUCUUCAAUUCAUCAUCGACGACUCCAGUGGAGCUUACGUUUGUGUACAUUUCGAAUGUGAAGCUGGAUCACCACGCAAAAAUUGUUUCCUCCACGCCAAAAGCUGUCACCAUGUUUGCAUCAGACAUCUCCAUAAUAUGAGGGUUGAAGUAUGUGAUCACGGUAAUGCGAAUGAUUCCCAUAUUGUCCACAGUUUCCACUCAGAGACCGCUGUUCCUUGACGUUUCACUUUGAUUUUACUAAUAUUUCUGAAGCUAAAUUACUCAGUCUAUUCUUUAUAAAUGUUUGUGAAUGGGGAGUUUCAUGCAUGGCGUGAU